UCCCCUAUCCUACGAAAUAAAUUUGCAAACACGUGUGUACAGGCAUGAGAAAAAUCCUUGUUUACUAUCGACUAUCGUACAUUGAAGGUCGUCUAUGACAUUUUUUCCGGUGCCUGGAGGUCAUUAAUAUGAAUUUUUCAUAUAAGUUUUCUAACCUCUUGGGGUGUGUGUAUCGAUGUGGCAAUCUUGCGUUCACUACUGAUGGUGAUAGUGUAGUCAGCCCUGUUGGAAACAGAGUUACAAGAUUUGAUCUGAAGAAUAGCAAAUCGGAAACCUUUGCUAUCGAGUCUAGACUGAACAUUGUAUGUGUAGCAUUAUCACCGGAUGGAUUCUCAGCAGUCUUUGUAGAUGAAGGUGGAGGAGCUCUUCUUUGCAGUCUGAUCAGUAAAACAGUCCUUCAUCAUUUCAGCUUCAACCGCCCAGUUUCAUGUGUGAAAUAUAGCCCUGAUGGAAAGAAGCUCGCUGUGACCAAGGAGAAUGUCGCCCUUGUAUACACCACACCAUGCAGUACCAGCAGGGAGUUCAACCCCCUUAUGCUUCACAGGACGUACUACGGUGCUUACGAUGAAACAACCUGCAUUGAUUGGACGUCCGAUUCCAAAGCGUUUGCGGUCGGCUCUAAGGACAUGAAUACGAGAGUGUUUGCUGUUGAUGACACAGAUCAGCUCAUCGUUUACUCACUAGCAGGUCACAAGGACUGCAUUGUUGCUUGCUUCUUUGAACUGAAUUCACUUGAUCUGUACACAAUGAGCAGGAGAGCCGAUCUGAUCGUGUGGGAGUGCGAUACGGACCUGGAUGUACUACAGCCCACCACGGAAGACUCCCAUAACCCUCGCAAGAAGAAAGGAAGAAGAAAAACAAUUGGCACCGAGGAGGAGGAGGAUGAAAUUGAAAAGCAGAAACAGAGAGAGAACAAAAUCAAGUAUAGGAGAACUGCAAAGCAUUUUUAUAACAAAUCUGGUGACUUUGAUGACUUGACCUGUGCCGAUUAUCACAAGAAGAACAGAAUUCUUGUUGCUGGGUUUGCUUCAGGGGUCUUCCAUUUACAUGAGAUGCCAGAUUACAAUCUCAUCCAUACACUCAGUAUUUCAGAGCAGCGAGUAGCAUCCGUCGUCUUCAACGGUCCAGGAGAUUGGAUAGCCUUUGGCUGCCUUGGGCUUGGACAGUUAUUGGUCUGGGAAUGGCAGAGCGAGAGCUACGUUCUGAAGCAACAGGGUCAUUUUAACAACAUGACAUGCUUAGACUACUCCAGAGAUGGGCUACUGGUCGCUACUGGGGCCGAGGAUGGAAAGGUGAAAAUUUGGAAUCUGUCGAGUGGGUUUUGUUUUGUGACAUUCAGCGAGCACAGCGGAGGGGUCAGUGGCGUGUGUUUCAAUGAGGCCGGUAAGGUGAUAGUUUCUGCUUCAUUGGAUGGUACAGUCAGAGCAUUUGAUCUUCACAGGUAUAGGAACUUCAGGACAUUGACCUCUCCACAGCCGGUGCAAUUCUCUUGCUUGGCGCUUGAUUCAAGCGGUGAAAUCGUCUGUGCUGCCGGCCAGGAUGUCUUUGAGAUUUUCAUGUGGUCAAUGCAAACUGGACGAUUACUAGAGGUUCUAUCAGGUCAUGAAGCUCCAGUGUCUGGUCUAAGUUUUGGUCCAAGUGGCUCCCAAUUAGCAAGCUCUUCCUGGGAUAAGACAGUCAGAUUGUGGGAUAUCUUUGGCCACAAAGGAUCCAGAGAGACCCUCAGACUUUCUUCAGAUGGCAUGUGUGUUGCAGUUAGUCCAAGUGGGGAGCAGCUGGCCGUGGCAACCCUUGACUAUCAGAUAACAUUCUGGGAUAUCCAGAACGCCGUCCAGACCGGUUCCAUUGAAGGCAAACAAGAUCUAGGUAGCGGUCGCAGGAGAGAUGACGUCGUCACUGCAAAGACAUCCUCUGCUGCAAAGUCUUUCACGACGCUGUGUUACUCAGCCGACGGGUGUUACAUCCUAGCAGCCGGCCGUUCCAAGCACAUCUGUAUAUAUCACAUCCAAGAACAGCUUCUGGUGAAGAAGUUUGAAAUCUCCUGUAACAUGUCUCUUGACGGAAUGGAGGAGUUCUUGAGUAGGAGGAACAUGACAGAUUUUGGCAACGCUGCACUGAUAGACAUGAAUGUUGGGGAAGAAGGUCAGCAGAUGGCUCUUUCACUUCCUGGGGUCACCAAAGGAGACAUGAGUUCCAGGUCAUUCAGGCCAGAAGUCAAUGUUUCCUGUGUCAGGUUCUCGGCUACUGGAUCGCAGUGGGCAGCCACCACAACCGAAGGCCUGCUUGUCUAUUCCGUGGACAGUAGUUUGACCUUUGACCCCUAUGACCUGACCCUUGACCUCACUCCGGCCGCUGUGUUCGAUGCCCUGAAGGAAGAGGAGUGGUCUAAGGCUCUCAUGAUGGCCUUCAGGCUUAACGAGAAGAUGGUGAUACAAAGAGUUACAGAAUCAAUUCCCUGGUCGCAAGUUGAUGUAAUAUGUAGCAGUAUAGCUGAUACAUACGUGGAAAAGAUGUUGUCUUUCGUUGCGGAACAGCUCACCGCUUCGCCUCAUCUUGAGUUCUAUGUACUAUGGGCAGAGAAACUGCUGUCCAUCCAUGGGUCUAGACUCAAGCUCAAAAACUCGUCUUCCCACCAUGCAAUGCUCACUGCUCUACAGAAGUCACUCAUCACCAAAGCAGACACCAUUGGAAAAAUAUGCAACACUAACCGGUACACACUCCAAUACCUUCAGACUCUGGCAAAAUUACAACCCAAGAAGAGGAAGUUAGCGCCGCUAGGAUCGGAAGAUGAUGACAAGGAAACUGAGGAGGAUGAGGAAGAGGAGGAAAGUUUAGGGGAUGGUGAAGAUAUUGACAGUGAUGAUUCUGAGACACAGAUUACACCACUCUUAUAA